UUGAAGCUGUGUUGGUGAUUAACUUGAACGUUUUGGUGAGCUAGCUUUAUAACUUACUGUGCAACUGUCAAUGAAGAUAGACGAUAUAAUUUCCUUUUUCACGGCAAUUCGCAAGACAUGCCCUAAUAUUGAAGAAUUUAUACGAUGUCUGGCUAACUACUAGACAUCAUAAGUGUACUUCGUGCUCGACAAUCUGACCUAUCUCUGGGAACGCAAAGAGUCCUUCUGAGUUGUGGUUCUCGAGCUGUAGAACCGACGCAAUGAUGCCAGAACUUCCGCAGCGCAACGAGAUCAGAAGCCGUCCACUCUGCCGCGGUCGGACGGACUCGAAUCAGAACCGCUCCGCGUUAUUGUCCGAAAUCAAAACCCCAAUCAAGACCGAGCCUUUCAGUGACCAAUACAGUCUCAUCCCCGGCAAAGAACUUGGCAGGGGGAAGUUUGCGGUGGUGAAGAAGUGCGUGGAGAGACGCACGGGGAAGGAGUUCGCCGCCAAGUUCCUGAGGAAGAGGAGGAAGGGGCAGGACUGCCGGCUGGAGAUCAUCCACGAGAUGGCCGUCCUGGAGCUGGCCACAGCCAGCCCGCGCGUGGUCUCUCUGCACCAGGUCUACGAGACGGCCAGCGAGAUGAUCCUCGUGCUCGAGUACGCGGCGGGGGGAGAGAUAUUUCAGCAGUGCGUGGCGGAGAGGGACGAGGCCUUUAAGGAGGGGGACGUGAAGAGGCUGAUGAGGCAGAUCCUGGAGGGCGUGGCCUUCCUGCACAGCCACAGCGUGGUGCACCUGGACCUCAAGCCUCAGAACAUCCUGCUGACCAGCGCCGCCCCUGUGGGGGACGUGAAGAUCGUGGAUUUUGGGCUGUCCCGCGUGGUGAGCGGGGGCCGGGAGCUCCGUGAGAUCAUGGGGACCCCGGAGUACGUGGCUCCAGAAAUCCUGAACUAUGAGCCAAUAAGCACUGCGACUGACAUGUGGAGCAUCGGAGUGCUGGCGUACGUGAUGCUGACGGGCGCCUCCCCGUUCCUGGGAGACGACAAGCAGGAGACGUUCCUCAACAUCUCCCAGAUCAACGUCAGCUACGCCGAGGAGGAGCUGGACGGUCUCGGGGAGCCGCCAAUCAACUUCAUCAAGUCCCUCCUCCUCAAAGACCCGCGGGCCCGUGCCACUGCCCAGGACUGCCUGAACCACCCCUGGCUCCUGCCCCAGGAUGGGGAGAUCCUGAGGAACCCCCGCCCACCCCUGCAGGAGGAGGAGGAGGAGGAUGAGGAAGGUCUGGAGACGGAGGAGCUCAUCGUGGUGGCCUCGUACACCCUGGGACCCUGCCGGCAGUCCGACCAGCAGGGCCUGGCCGUGGACCAGAAGGCCGUCUCAAAGCGCUUCAAAUUCGAGGCAUCCUUCGGCCCCCUGCAGGAGAUCAUCUUCUGAGUGUGGAGAGCCAGGGCCUCCUGUGGGCCUGUUCUUCAGACACACCUCACUGUCUCUACCCAGAGAGCCAGGGCCUCCUGUGGGCCUGUUCUUCAGACACACCUCACUGUCUCUACCCAGAGAGCCAGGGCCUCCAAUGGACCUUCAGACACACCUCACUGUCUCUACCCAGAGAGCCAGGGCCUCCAAUGGACCUUCAGACACACCUCACUAUCUCUACUCAGAGAGCCAAACAGUGGGAGGCCACUCUCAGAUCUCCCCCUUCAACACGCCUCACCAUCGUAACUCAGAACAAGAACAAACCCGUCUCCUUAGCUUUUAAACGACCAGAGAGCCAGGGGCACAGAUAUGGGCCUGUUCUACAGACACACCUCACCUUCUCAAC